AUGCUGCUGUUCGCCCUGCUGCAGGAGCGGGGCGGGGGCCGGGGGCGGCCAGCGGGGAUGCCCCGCCGCGGGCGCGCGCCGCCCUGGAGCCUCGCCUGGAUUUGCUGCUGGGUUUUCGCCGGCUUUCAGGCGGCCUGGGCUGGGGACUUGCCCUCCUCCUCCUCCUCCUCCAGCCGCCCGCUUCCUCCUUGCCAGGAGAAAGAUUACCACUUUGAAUAUACGGAAUGUGAUAGCAGUGGCUCCAGGUGGAGAGUUGCCAUUCCCAAUUCUGCAGUGGACUGUUCCGGCCUGCCUGACCCAGUGAGGGGCAAAGAAUGCACUUUUUCCUGCGCUUCUGGAGAGUAUCUAGAGAUGAAGAACCAGGUAUGCAGUAAGUGUGCCGAAGGCACCUACUCCUUGGGCAGUGGCAUCAAAUUUGAUGAAUGGGAUGAAUUGCCAGCAGGAUUUUCCAACGUUGCAACAUUCAUGGACACUGUGGUGGGCCCUUCUGACAACAGGCCAGACGGCUGUAACAACUCUUCUUGGAUCCCUCGUGGAAACUACAUAGAGUCUAAUCGUGAUGACUGUACGGUGUCUCUAAUCUAUGCUGUGCACCUUAAGAAGUCAGGCUAUGUCUUCUUUGAGUACCAGUAUGUCGACAACAACAUCUUCUUUGAAUUCUUCAUUCAAAAUGAUCAGUGCCAGGAGAUGGAUACCACCACAGACAAGUGGGUAAAACUCACUGACAAUGGAGAAUGGGGCUCUCAUUCUGUAAUGCUGAAAUCAGGCACAAACAUACUGUACUGGAGAACAACAGGCAUCCUUAUGGGCUCUAAGGCUGUCAAGCCUGUCUUGGUGAAAAAUAUCACAAUUGAAGGUGUGGCUUACACUUCAGAAUGUUUUCCAUGUAAGCCAGGGACAUUCAGCAACAGGCCAGGUUCAUUCAACUGCCAGGUGUGUCCCAGAAACACCUAUUCUGAGAAAGGGGCCAAAGAAUGCAUAAGGUGUAAAGAGGAUGCCCAGUUUUCAGAGGAAGGAUCCAGUGAGUGCACGGAGCGCCCACCCUGUACCACAAAAGACUAUUUCCAGAUCCAUACUCCAUGUGAUGAAGAUGGAAAGACGCAGAUAAUGUACAAGUGGAUAGAACCCAAAAUCUGCAGGGAAGAUCUCACCGAUGCUAUUAGAUUGCCCCCUUCUGGAGAGAAGAAAGAUUGUCCACCUUGCAACCCUGGAUUUUAUAACAAUGGUUCAUCUUCAUGUCAACCCUGCCCUCCUGGGACCUUUUCAGAUGGAACAAAGGAAUGUAGACCAUGUCCAGCGGGAACGGAGCCGGCACUUGGGUUUGAAUAUAAAUGGUGGAAUGUCCUUCCUGGCAACAUGAAAACUUCCUGUUUCAAUGUUGGGAAUUCCAAGUGUGACGGAAUGAAUGGUUGGGAGGUGGCUGGAGAUCAUAUCCAGAGUGGAGCUGGAGGUUCUGAUAAUGAUUACCUGAUCUUAAACUUGCAUAUUCCAGGAUUUAAACCACCAACAUCUAUGACUGGAGCCACAGGUUCUGAACUAGGAAGAAUAACCUUUGUCUUUGAGACCCUCUGUUCAGCCGACUGUGUCCUGUACUUCAUGGUGGAUAUUAAUAGAAAAAGUACCAAUGUGGUGGAAUCAUGGGGUGGAACCAAAGAAAAACAAGCAUACACCCACAUCAUCUUCAAGAAUGCCACAUUUACAUUUACAUGGGCAUUCCAGAGAACUAAUCAAGGUCAAGAUAAUAGACGGUUCAUCAAUGACAUGGUGAAGAUCUAUUCUAUCAUAGCCACUAAUGCAGUUGAUGGGGUGGCGUCUUCAUGCCGUGCCUGUGCCCUUGGUUCUGAACAGUCGGGCUCAUCGUGUGUCCCCUGCCCCCCAGGCCACUACAUUGAGAAAGAAACCAACCAGUGCAAGGAGUGUCCACCUGACACCUACCUGUCCAUACAUCAGGUCUAUGGCAAGGAGGCUUGUAUUCCCUGUGGGCCUGGGAGUAAAAGCACUCAGGAUCACUCAGUUUGCUAUAGCGACUGCUUUUUCUACCAUGAAAAAGAAAAUCAGAGUUUGCAUUAUGACUUCAGCAACCUCAGCAGCGUGGGUUCCUUAAUGAAUGGGCCCAGCUUCACCUCCAAAGGAACAAAAUAUUUCCAUUUCUUCAAUAUCAGUUUAUGUGGGCAUGAGGGGAAGAAGAUGGCUCUCUGUACUAAUAACAUAUCGGAUUUUACAGUAAAGGAAAUGGUGGCAGGAUCAGAUGAUUACACCAACUUGGUAGGGGCUUUUGUGUGCCAGUCAACAAUUAUCCCUUCUGAAAGUAAGGGUUUCCGAGCAGCCUUGUCAUCCCAGUCCAUCAUUCUGGCAGACACAUUUUUAGGCGUAACAGUUGAAACCACAUUGCAAAACAUUAAUAUAAAAGAAGACAUGUUCCCAGUUUCACCAAGCCAAAUACCAGAUGUGCAUUUCUUUUAUAAGUCUUCCACAACUACAACAUCCUGUAUUAAUGGCCGAUCAACUGCUGUGAAAAUGAGGUGUAAUCCUACUAAACCUGGAGCGGGCAUGAUUUCAGUCCCCAGCAAAUGCCCAGCAGGCACCUGUGAUGGAUGUGCAUUCUAUUUCUUAUGGGAGAGUGCUGAAGCUUGCCCUCUGUGCACCGAGCAUGACUUCCAUGAGAUUGAGGGAGCCUGCAAACGAGGAUUUCAGGAAACCUUAUAUGUCUGGAAUGAACCUAAAUGGUGCAUUAAAGGAAUUUCUUUGCCUGAGAAAAAGCUGUCUACCUGUGAAACAGUUGACUUUUGGCUAAAAGUAGGAGCAGGCGUGGGAGCUUUCACAGCCGUUUUGCUGGUGGCUCUAACAUGCUACUUCUGGAAGAAGAAUCAAAAACUGGAGUACAAAUAUUCCAAAUUAGUAAUGACAACUAACUCAAAAGAGUGUGAACUCCCGGCUGCAGACAGUUGUGCUAUAAUGGAAGGAGAAGAUAAUGAAGAGGAAGUUGUAUAUUCAAAUAAACAGUCUCUACUGGGAAAACUCAAAUCUUUGGCAACAAAGGAAAAAGAAGACCAUUUUGAAUCUGUUCAAUUGAAAUCCUCAAGAUCACCCAAUAUAUGAAGAGACAGUGCUGUAGCCUUCAGACUAAUGAACAAAGAAACCGGCUCUGUGGGUUUACAGGACCCUAUGUUAGGGUGUGUCUUCACACCUGUCAUGUUGGUUGUCUCACAGAGGAAAGCCUUGGCACUGAAAUGAGAAAGAGGUUGAAACGUUUGAUUGCCUUAUCACAUGGUCUAGUACCUUGCCAAACAAAGGAAAGCAAAUGAUUUGGGUCUCAACUGAAGAUGAAACUUAACUCAGGAAGAGAUUUAUCUGUAUAUACACAUAACUGAAAACCAAGUUUAAGCCCACCAGUGCACUGCUGAUGCAUGCCAUAUAAUUAUUGGGUAAUUUUUAUUCUUUAUAAUGUCUACAUAAAAAGUGUGCUUUGGAGGGCAGAUGUGAGCAUAAGCCUUGUGAUCUUGUUUAUGUCUUGUCUUUG